UGGUGGAUUUUGGGAUCUAUCUCUUUUAUCCCUCUAUUUCAGAGCCGUAGGCAAAAAUUUAAAGAAUUUUGGGGGAACCUUUUCAGAAAACAUCAAAAAAGUAACGAGAAGGCCAAAAAACGGGCAAAUGCCUCCCAAAUCAGGUUGAAGGGCCACCCUGAUCCAUUAUCAAAAAUUUCAAAUAAAAUAAAACCAAAAACAUUCCUUUUAGGAUACGGUCGAGAAAAUACCAAUACGUGCACGUUCACAAAGUUGGUUGAUUCGUACUAGGCAUUUGCUUGAUGACGAAAAGGUGUGAGUUCACCAUACAGGCUCAUAAUCACGUUUACAAUUUCUAGUUAAAUCGACAAGUACCAAUCAUAUCUAAAUGCCUUUAUGUGCUUUCUGUUCUACUCCUUGUUAUUACCUUCCCUUUCUGUAUUCCGUUUUGUCUACGUGUUUCUAAGUAAUUUUCUUCCCCAAAAAAUCCCCGUAAAAAUUAAAAUUAUUUUCCCUAGAGAAUAUGAAAGAGCUGUUGUGUUUCGAUUGGGAAGGCUUAUUAAACGUGGAACGAAAGGACCAGGGAUGUUUUUUAUUAUGCCAUGCAUUGACACGUAUAGAAUGGUAGAUUUACGAGUUCUUUCCUUCGAUGUUCCACCACAAGAAAUUCUUUCAAGAGAUUCAGUUACUGUAUCAGUAGAGGCUGUUAUAUACUUUCGUAUUUCAAAUCCAGUUAUUUCCGUUACAAAUGUAAAUGAUGCCCAAUUUAGCACAAAAUUGUUGGCACAAACAACUCUUCGGAAUGUUUUAGGCACCAAAACUCUCAGUGAAAUAUUAAUGGAAAGGGAUAUAAUAUCAAAUAUAACAGAAAAGGUGCUUGAUGAUGGAACUGAUCCUUGGGGUGUAAAAGUGGAAAGGGUAGAGAUUAAAGACAUUCGACUUCCUCAACAAUUAAUGAAGUCAAUGGCUGCAGAGGCAGAAGCAGCUCGCGAUGCACGUGCUAAAAUUAUAGCUGCAGAUGGUGAGCGAAGUGCAAGCCGACAAUUAGUCCAAGCGGCAGAUAUUGUUUGUGGCAAUAAGGUUUCUCUUCACUUGCGAUACCUACAAACGCUAAUCAGAAUUUCUUCUCAACAUAACCAUACUUACGUAAAACUUAACUUUAAAAUCGACUAA